CAAUGAUUUAGAAGUUCAGGAAUCCCACGUGACGUCACCGGGGGGGUGAUGUAAUGCACUCUAAAUAGAAUGUAUUGUAAUCUUUGCUCAGUCCAACGUGGUCCCUUCACCCGGGCUCGGCUCUUGCCUUCUCCACACUUGUUUGAGCCCUGGCAAGGUGCGGAACCCUCCAGAAGUGUGGUCAAGCGGCGGUGGUGGUGGUGGCGGCGGCAGCAGCAGCGGCAGCAGCGGCAACAGAGACUGCGAACCAGGAGCUUCCCCCGCGUCCCCAGUUUCUCAGUGAUGCAACGGAACCCCUGGAGAAAGUUUGCAAACUUCCAGCGGUGCGGUAGAGACGCCGGGUCAACUAGGGGUGGUCAGGCGAGUGCGCAGGGGGCUUGCUCUCCCCCGGGUGCCGAGCGGCCGCUGCCACUUCUCAAGACCAGCUGGCCCUGCCGGCUGCAGCUGAUUUAUGAGGAAUCCAAGAUGAACUUGGAGCAGGAGAGGCCAUUUGUCUGCAGUGCUCCUGGCUGCUCCCAGCGUUUCCCAACAGAGGACCAUCUGAUGAUUCAUCGGCACAAGCAUGAGAUGACUUUGAAGUUUCCUUCAAUAAAAACAGACAAUAUGCUAUCAGAUCAGACUCCAACGCCCACGAGAUUCCUGAAGAACUGUGAGGAGGUGGGUCUCUUCAGCGAGCUGGACUGUUCCUUCGAGCAUGAGUUCCGGAAGGCUCAAGAAGAGGAGAAUAGCAAGCGGAAUAUCUCCAUGCAUAACGCAGUUGGUGGGACCAUGACGGGGCCUGGAACUCACCCACUAGGCAGCACACGGAUGCCCAACCACGACACCAGUGUUGUGAUUCAGCAAGCCAUGCCAUCGCCCCAAUCCAGCUCAGUCAUCACGCAGGCUCCCUCCACCAACCGCCAGAUCGGGCCUGUCCCAGGCUCUCUAUCAUCUCUGCUCCAUCUCCACAACAGACAGAGGCAGCCCAUGCCAGCCUCCAUGCCUGGGACCCUGCCCAACCCUACCAUGCCAGGAUCUUCUGCCGUCUUGAUGCCCAUGGAGAGACAAAUGUCAGUGAACUCCAGCAUCAUGGGCAUGCAAGGCCCCAACCUCAGCAACCCCUGUGCUUCUCCCCAAGUCCAGCCAAUGCAUUCAGAAGCCAAAAUGAGGCUGAAGGCUGCAUUGACUCACCACCCUGCUGCCAUGUCAAAUGGGAACAUGAGCACCAUCGGACACAUGAUGGAGAUGAUGGGCUCCCGGCAAGACCAGACGCCGCACCACCACAUGCAUUCGCACCCGCAUCAGCACCAGACACUGCCACCCCACCACCCCUACCCGCACCAGCACCAGCACCCUGCACACCAUCCCCACCCACAGCCUCACCACCAGCAGAACCACCCGCAUCACCACUCCCAUUCCCACCUUCAUGCACACCCAGCACACCACCAGACCUCGCCACACCCACCCCUGCACUCCGGCAACCAAGCACAGGUUUCACCAGCCACGCAACAGAUGCAACCAACCCAGACAAUACAACCGCCCCAGCCCACAGGGGGGCGCCGGCGAAGGGUGGUGGAUGAGGACCCGGAUGAGAGGCGGAGGAAGUUUCUGGAAAGGAACCGGGCUGCCGCCACCCGCUGCAGACAGAAGAGGAAGGUCUGGGUGAUGUCACUGGAAAAGAAAGCAGAAGAGCUCACUCAGACAAACAUGCAGCUUCAGAAUGAAGUGUCCAUGUUGAAAAACGAGGUGGCCCAGCUGAAACAACUAUUGUUAACACACAAAGACUGCCCAAUUACAGCCAUGCAGAAAGAGUCACAAGGAUAUUUAAGUCCAGAGAGCAGCCCUCCUGUGAGCCCUGUCCCAGCAUGCUCCCAGCAGCCAGUCAUCCAGCAUAACACCAUCACUACGUCCUCCUCCGUCAGCGAGGUUGUGGGGAGUUCCACCCUCAGUCAGCUCACGACUCACAGAACAGACCUCAAUCCUAUUCUUUAAAAGGCAGUGGUCAGACCUGGCCUCUGAGAAGAGUUGGGGCAUGCUCUACAUCCUUUCUCCAAAGGGCAUUUUUAGAAUUAACUCAGACCUGGAAGACGCCUCAGCUCUUUCAAAGACUGGCCUUCAUUUUUAUAGUUAUUAUGGAAAUGUCCUCUUUUAUACUUAGUUAUAUAAGAAAAAGGGAGUUAUGCAAUGAAUAUCUAUCAGCUUGGGAAGCGCGUUGGUGCUUUUCUCCAAUUUUCUGGUACCAGUUUCUUGUUUAUAAAUGGAAUCUUUCCUGUA